CAUGUAUAGAUUGACACAGAUUCCUGGGGAAUUUUGGUGCACACCAAAGGCAAUUGGAGGUAACAAAAUAUGCAACAGAAACAAUGAAUUCAGAGUUUAGCCAAAUGAUCUUCCCAAAAUGUUACUUUUUUCUUCUCUCUGCAGAUUAAACGUUUGUCAACUUCAUCCCACCUACAGCUACUAACAUGGUGAUGAAUAACAGUGUCACUGAAUUCAUUCUGUUUGGGUUGACGCAGGAUGCUGAAAAGCAGAAAGUGAUAUUUGGAAUCUUCUUGGUUCUUUACCUUUUGACUCUGCUGGGGAAUUUUCUCGUUGUGGUGACUAUUAAGACAAGUCAUACUCUUGGGAGUCCCAUGUACUUCUUCCUAUUCUACCUGUCCUUUGCCGAUGCCUGCUUUUCUACAACUACGACACCCAGAUUGAUUGUGGAUGCUCUGUCUCAGAAGAAGACUAUUUCCUACCAUGAGUGCAUGACUCAGGUCUUUGCAGUUCAUUUCUUUGGGUGUAUGGAGGUAUUUGUGCUCAUCCUCAUGGCUUUUGAUCGCUAUGUGGCCAUUUGUAAGCCCCUGCGAUACACAACCAUCAUAAGCAGGCGUGUCUGUGGCGUGCUGGUGAUCCUGGCCUGGGUGGCAUCUUGUAUCCAUUCUUCAGUACAGAUUAUGUUGACUUUGAAAUUGCCUUUCUGUGGCCCCAAUGUGAUUGAGCACUAUUUGUGUGACUUGCAGCCCUUGUUGAAACUUGCCUGCAUGGACACUUAUGUGAUAAAUUUGCUACUUGUGUCCAAUAGUGGGGCCCUAUGCAUGGUGAGUUUCAUGCUCUUGCUUAUAUCCUAUGUUGUCAUUUUAUACUCUCUGAGAAACCACAGCGAAGAAGGAAGGCAAAAAGCUCUUUCUACCUGUACCUCCAAUUUCAUUGUGGUUUUCAUAUUUUUUGGUCCAUGUAUAUUCAUGUACACACGCCCACCAACUGCAUCUCCAGUGGACAAGAUGGUGGCUGUGUUUUACACAAUUGGGACACCGUUUCUCAACCCUUUGAUCUAUACACUGAGGAAUGCGGAAGUGAAAAAUGCCAUGAAAAAGUUAUGGUGUAGCAAAUUAUGACUUUAGUUGAUAAAUAUGGCAAAUUAAAUUACACUUCCUUAAAUCAGUUUUUGUUACAUGGCAGGAAAUUAGAAAUACUCCUAACAGGAAACAACCCUAACAGGAAACAGCAAUCAAUAUACAUCAACAUGUUAUUGAUUCAUUACACACACAUUUAAUAUUCUGAGAGGAUUGCAUUA